UUCUGCAUUGUUCAUUCUGAUUUCCUCUCUCCUUUUUGUUUCACUAAUUGAGAAAAACAUGGCUGUACUUACAAGGACAUUGAUGAGCUUUGCUAUCAUGACAGUGCUCGUUGAAUUGGCCACGGCAGCGACUUACACGGUUGGUGGUCCAAACGGCGGGUGGGAUGCAACUACCGACCUGCAAACAUGGGCGUCAUCCCAGACAUUCUUACUCGGAGAUAAUCUAAAUUUUCAGUACUCGCCUAGCCACAAUGUGCUUGAGGUUUCAAAGGCAGACUAUGAUUCUUGCCAAGGAAGCAACUCAAUUCAGGCAUACAGUGGUGGCAGCACUACAAUCCCUCUCUCUUCUGCAGGAAAGAGAUACUUCAUUUGUGGAACAAAUGGGCAUUGUAGCCAGGGAAUGAAGCUUGAAGUUGACACUAGUCUUGCAACUAAUUCUGCUCCUCCACCUACAGCUUCUCCAGCUGUAAACCUCGCUCCACAAGAAUCUCCUUCAACUACUCUACCUCCUUCCUCGGACAGUCCUUUGGCCUCCUCUCUUGCUCCAGACACUUCUGCUGCCUCACCCUCACCUGCACAAUCACCAGAACUUGCCUUCAGUCCUACACCAACCGCUAUUGACAUACCUUCAACUGAAUCUCCCACUUCCAUCUCUCGAACCGGGUCCUCCCCAGAACCAUCAGCUGCUUCAUCUCUUAACAACAUACGCGGUCUCACUCUGGGAUUUGGUAUCAUGAUGAUGUUGCAUGUUUCUCGCCUUCUAAGCUUUUAAGCAAGGAAGAUUCAUUAUGCUGUGUUUUUUUUUGGAUAAAAAUUUCUUGUGCAUUUUAUUUCUACAUUAAGUUUGUAUUGCACGCCUUAAUUUGCAUUCAGGCAAGAACUUAUUUUAGAUAUAAGACAAGAACUUAUCCUAUCCAUUUGGAUCCAGCUCCUCUAAAGUUAUUUUUGGUGAAGUUUUGUGAAGUUCGUAAAAUCUCAAUCAUUCAUGUAAUCUAAUGGUUUACGAGUGUAC